AUGAAUGGGGAUACCAUUGUCAACGCCGAGCCCGGUGAGUACCCACAUAUGGCUGUCGUGGGCUUCGAGUCGGAGGGGGGCCGAGUCUACUACAAAUGUGGUGGCAGCUUGAUAAGCGAGAGAUAUGUGCUUAGCGCCGCCCACUGUACUUCCAUAUACGAGACGGUCCACAAGUGGGUGCGCAUCGGGGACCUCGACCUGGUCGCCGUGCAGCGGUCGGUGGAGGCCCAACUGCUUCGGAUUGAGAAAGUAUUUGCGCACCCCAGCUACAACAAAGAGAUGUACUAUGACGAUAUAGCCCUUCUUAAACUAAAGAUGGAAGAGCAACUGGCGGCGUACGUAAGAUCUAAACGCCUAUGAGUUUUUCCAGAGCUGCCCAUGACGAUAGCUUUCGCCAUGGGGUACGGCGCCACGAACUUCGCCAAGGCCAUGACAAACCGCCUCACAAACAUACUAACCAUAGUGCCGAUCGCCGAGUGCAACGCCGAGCUACCGGCUCUUGCUGAGACUCCUACUGGAGUUAUCAAAAGCGAGCUCUGCGCCCAGGACUAUAUUCUCAACAGAGACACCUGCCAGGAAGACUCCGGCGGACCUUUGCAACUGAAUGUGCUGGGUCGCCGCCGACGGCAUAGAAUACACUAUCAUCUCAUCGGCAUAACCUUAUACAGCGUGUUGUGCCGCAGUAGUUACCUAUAUUACACCAGAGUGAUUUCCUACUUGGACUGGAUCGAACUUACUGUGUGGACCUGA